AUGAGCAGCUUAGAGGAUGAAUUCGCUCGCUUUGAAAGUGAACUUAAUUCAAUAGCCGCAGAUACUCCUGCUGCUCCAAAGGAAGAAGUUGAUCAAAGAGCUAUUCCUGCCGGAAAACCUAUUCCCUCAUUGUUUCAACCACCACCAGUUCUUGGAGCAGGUGCGAAAAUGGGAGGAACAUUUUCCCAAAGCUUUAUCCCUCCAAUGCCUCAGCCUGGAGCAGUUCCUGGAAUGUUCGUUCCAAAUCAGAUUCGACUCGCUCCAACAAUGGCUCCAGCACCAAAAGUUUCUGCUGUUUUAGAAGCUGGACCAACGUUGUACAAGGACGAAGAAUUGGAGAAGGAACCUGUAAUUACUCAAACUUUCGCUCUACCCCAAGAUAUCAUUGCUAUGGAACAGAAGAAAUCGGCUGAUAUCCGAAAGUUGAAUCAACAAAAGAACGAAAAGAAUAAAAAUAAGAAAGCUUUCCUGCGAUGUGGUGGUGGCCAGGUUUGGGAAGAUUUAUCAUUGGCUGAGUGGGACCCAGCUGAUUUCCGGAUAUUCUGUGGAGAUUUGGGAAAUGAAGUCUCCGAUGAACUUCUCGCGAAAGCCUUCAGAAAGUAUCCAAGCUUCCAACGUGCGAAGGUCGUGCGUGAUUCUCGGACGAACAAGAGUAAAGGAUAUGGAUUUGUGUCUUUCAAAGACGCCGACGAUUAUGCUCGAGCUAUGCGUGAAAUGGAUGGUAAAUAUGUAGGAAACAGACCAAUCAAAUUGAGAAAGUCUUCAUGGAAGGAACGACAGUUUGAAGUUGUUGCCAAAAAACAAAAGCAAAAAGCCAAGCUGGGGUUGUGGUAA